UUAAAGUUAUGCUUACUGUUUGUUCUUUUAAUCUAUUGGGCCUGUCUACUUGUUCCAAUUUGUUGUGGGCUCUUUGCUUAUUAUGUUUAUUGGGCUGGCUGACUUUACCUAAAUGUACAAACUUUUUUUUUUUUUUUUAAAUCUAAAAAGUAUUGGAAAAACGCGAAGAACAUAAUUACUUUUUCUUAAUUGAUCGAAUUGAGUUAAUUUUGCCUUUUUUCCACGAAGAGGGUUUGUUUUAUAUCAUUUGGAGUGGUGAAAUAUUAGCUUGCAAAGACAUAAGCAAAAUUUUGAGGUCAAUUUACAAAGUUUAUUUGGGAGUUACAAUAGGCACUUCAAUAAAAUGAUUAUGCCCUUCUCGAUGCAUAAUUUUUUUCUUAAGAAUGUAAACUAACAUUAUUGAAGUGUCAAUAACAUUUUUUAUUUUUUUUUGGUUAAUCUUUGAAGUUGAAUGUACAUGUUAGUGUUGUACCUUUGGAAAAGAGAACAAGAAGUGCGUGUAGCAACUGACACCAAGACAGCAAGAAGUGCAUGCAGAGAAUAGCACACACCAUACAUGUAGAAGAAACUCAUCACAUCCAAAACAUGCACAAUUCAUCUAUUUAAUUUACACCUUAAUUGGUAACUUUCUAACUCUUCUACAUAAGAACACAAUAAUGGCUUCCCCUAACAGCUGUCUGCUUCAAAAUCAUUUCGCCAUUUCCUCUCUGACUCUACUCCUCUCUCUCAUUUCCCUUCCGCCAUCCGUCCUCUCACAAAACCCUACCAUUGCGCAAUGCACCACGCAGCUUCUUCCGCUGGCCGCUUGUGCACCAUUUGUGCAAGGCAGUGCCAUGUCACCUGCACAAUCAUGCUGUGUCAACCUCAAGCUGCUAUAUAGCCAGCAGCCAGAGUGCCUUUGCCUUUUGCUCAAUGGCACUACUUUGAGCGGCUUCCCUAUUAACACGACUCGCGCUCUCCAGCUUCCCGUUGUUUGCAGCCUUCAAGUCGACAUCUCUACUUGUCCAGGGGUGCCUGUGCCUCCUAGUUCACCUAGUUCUCAAGAUACCACCCUUGGGAAUAACACCAGCUCAUCUGCUGCUAAUUCUACAAUUGCUGCCACUCCAAUGCCUCAAACAGCACCAAUCCCCACCACGAUGGGGUUAGGGUUUGGGAGAACUACAAAUGCUGGUACCAAAUUGAAGAUGGGAAGUUAUCUUGCAGUGGCUUUCGCCGUGGCAGGUUUUCCAGUGACCGGCGUUCUAUUUUAAAUAUGAUAAUAUUUAUACCACCAGAUUAAUAUAUUGAUGGCUUUUUAUGUUGGGGUUAGAGAUUUUUACUAAUUACUUAGGGCUGAGAAUUUAUUCCGUUACGGUUUUAUAGAUACCAUCGAACUUCUAUUGAUUUGAAUAAAAACAGUGGUGAUUGUCAAAUUAUAUAUGGCCUCUCGGCUUAUUUAGGUUUAUG